UCUGGUUUGGCUCGGAUAUCAUUUAAACAUCACCAGUUACUUUGGAGGCUACAGAAUACAUUCUGAGAAUGAAAUAGGCCAAACCUCACAGCCGCCCGAGGCCCCAGCUUGUCUUUCUGAUGUAUAUACAACAAAGCCCAACGAUACUUGUGACUCAUUGGCUCUCAAGUACAGCGUCUCUUCUGCAGAAAUCUUUAUUAACAACCCUAACAUUCUCGACUGCUACGACAUGGUCGAAGACGUGCCAGUUUGUUUACCAUUUCAAUGCAACACCUACAAGGUCAAAGAAAACGACACCUGCAUCUCUGUGGCCGACUCCUUAGGUCUUCGCCCAAGAGACAUCGUCACUCUCAAUCCCUGGAUCGAUGACGAUUGCCAUAAUUUCCCGUCGGGCACGAUAACGCUCGGUAGAAUCAUUUGCACUACGCCAUCUGACGGCCAGUACAAUAACAUUGUCAACAACGCGGAAUCAGACCCGGCAUACUCUAAGUAUGCUGACGAGCCUGUUCCACUACCUAAGAACGCCAGUCUAGCUAAAAACACAACUAAAGAGUGUGGACGUUGGUAUACAAUUCAGAAGGAAGAUGACUGUGUUCGGGUUCUGGGCCAGCACUAUAUGAGUCUUUCUCUCUUUACAGCUACCAACCCGUCGAUAUCCCCAGGCAACUGUACCACGAGUCUUAUCCCAGGACAAACCUACUGUGUCGGCCCAACUAAAAAAGCUCUCCGGAAACCAUUUACCCCUCCUCCAUAUUGGCGCCUCGGAUGCUAUUCCAGUGGGAUAGAUCCAACCAAAUCCACCCGUGUUUUGAUACUUGAUAAAUUGAGCCACGUCAAACCUAUGUCUAUUCUUGCUUGUCAAGCCUACUGUCUCUCACAGUCGUUGCCCCUUUUCGGUCUACAAAAUGGCGACUCUUGUCUAUGUGACGAUCGCCUGCGUAUGGAUAGUCGGCGUAUACACAAUUGGUCCUGCAAAUCUCGCUGCAGCGGCGGUCCAAAAGUUUGUGAUCGUGAGCAAGACGCUAUUGAAGUCUUUAGUUCUUACGAAGAAACAGGUGUCGAGUACACUAGUAUCGGAUGCUUCGUGAGCAAGGACGAGCGCGUGAUACGGGGCAAGGACUAUAUCACUUGGGAAAAUAGAACUCUGGAAGAGUGCGCAAGCUUCUGUACUGUUGGCCUCGAGACUGACUACUUUGCUCUCCAAAAAGACAAUCUCUGCGUUUGCGGCAAUGAAUUGAAUCCAAGGGCUACAAAGGUUAGUAUGGAGGAGUGUGAUUUAGAAUGUAUGGGUGAGAAUAGGGAUACCUGUGGUGGAAAAGGUAGAACAAAGGUUUAUACCACGAACUCUAACUAUGUAGUAUCUUCUUAAUUUAGC